AUGAAAGAAGGAAAGGUAUAUGUGAAUCUCGGUGUUGUUGGCCUUGAAACUUGUUCUUGUUUUGUUUUUUCAAGAGCACUUAUUCUUUUACUUCUGUUGAUUGGCUGUGUGGAGAGAAAUCCAGGACCGGUUCAAAGUUCUGAGAAUGCACCUGUUUGUCGUGCAUUGAAAAAGUGUGAUGGUGAAGUUGAUAUGUCUGUUGAUAACUUUAAUAAGAUUUGUGAUUCUGAAUGUAUGGAUGCUGAAUUGGUUGAUUCUAGUGAGGACGAGUUUGAUGAUGAUAAUUGGCUUGAAGUGGAUUUUGGAGAACUUUCUUUAACGGAUAAGUUGGUGAACUCUAGUAUGAAGAGCUGUGGUAACAGAAAAAGCUUAUCACCCUUGUCUAGUAGAGGUAAGUCAAUGGAAAGUGGACGUGUACUAGUUCCCACUGUGCAGUGUGGGCGGAAAAAGAGGCAAAAUGUAAAGAAAAGAAAUCAUUCUGGUAGACAACCCUUUGUAAAUAAUGAUAUUUCUGCUUUACAUCGUGCCUUGGUUCGACAGUUGUUACCUUGGCGUCCUGCUCAAAAACUAUCAGAAGUUGUAAGAAACUACGCUGAUAUUGUUGUUUGCAUGGAGUUUCUGGUAAAGGUUCACAAGAAGAGGUGUCGAUUUUUAAUGUUGGAUUAUUUAUCCAAAUAUAGACGUAGAUGUAAAGUUAUUUCUUCUUCUUCUUCUUCAUCGAAUCCUGUUGACAAAACCUCUUCUUGUGAUGUGCCGGGUGAUAACAACGAUGGAAGUUCGAGGAAUAAACCGAUGGAAGAAAAAGAAUUCCGUUCUGGUAUUCAUACAACUACCGUGGAAAAUACAAUAAACCCAAUGGAGAGUUCUGAAGGAGUGAAUAAAAAGGGAAUACUUUAUUCUGAGGAAAUUAUUACAGAUGUACCGCAGAAUCCAAAUGAUGAAAUGAAAAAUCCUUUUCUGCUUCCUUGUAGUGUAGAUUAUUCUAUACCUAAGGAAAAUUUAAAAACUCCUAAAUCUUGCAAUUCAUUUUGGAUGGCAAGUCAAGGGCAAUAUUGUGUGAGCAGCCAACAGGAAUUUUCUGCUGAAGAACAUCCAUUUUCUAUACUUGGAUCUCGCUCUGGUAAGAACUACUGUAAAGCGUACAGUGGUCUUUUAUGA